CCCACCCCAGAGGGUGCCGCCGUCCUGCCGGCCAAGUGGGCAGGACCGAGGGAAUGGCGUGCCCCGCGCGCGGCCUUUGCGUCGGUCAAAAACGGAGGCCUCGCGAAGCGGUCGCUCAGGCCGGCCCAACCUUCUCCGCGAGUUCCAGCGAUUCCCCGCAAGGAGUAUGGCAGAUUCCUCGCCUGUCGUCGGCGAUCGCAGCGGGAAGGACGCGCGCCGGAGCGAAGCCUCGGCCGCGCCGCAACAGCCACGAGGAGGUACCCCCCUCGCCGCCGUCCCGCUGAGGCCCCCGGAGGCCUCCCUGGCCCCGGCCGAGCGGCUGUGGAGCGCCGACGGGGAGGGGGCGGUGCGCCUGAGGAUGGAGGAGUCGGGCCCGGCCGCCGACGCGCCUCGAACGGUGCACCAAAUGUUCCUGGAGACGGUGGAGGCCUUCGGGGAGCGCCCGGCCGUGGCGAGCAAGGAGGACGGCCGGUGGCGGACGCUGACGUGGGCGCAGUACUACCGGGAGUGCCGGACGGCCGCCAAGAGCUUCAUCAAGCUCGGUCUGGAGCGCUACCACGGGGUGGGCAUCCUGGGCUUCAAUGCCCCCGAGUGGUUCAUCGCCAACGUGGGCUGCAUCCUCGCCGGCGGCCUGGCGACGGGCAUCUACACCAACAACUUACCCAUGGCCUGUUGGGAAGUGGCCAGCAGCGCGCGGGCCAACGUCAUCGUGGUGGAGGACCAGCAGCAGAUGGACAAAAUCCUGCAGGUGAAAGACGAUCUGCAGCAUCUGAAAGCCAUCGUCCAGUACAAAGGAGAACUCAAGCAGAGGCUGCCCUCCCUUUACACGUGGUCGGAAUUCAUGAGGCUGGGCGAGGAUGUGCCUGAACAAGAGCUGAACCGGUCCAUCGCCCGCCUCCGCGCCAACCAGUGCUGCAGCCUCAUCUUCACGUCGGGAGCCACCGGAACCCCCAAAGCCGUCAUGCUGAGCCACGACAACGUGACCUGGACGGCGCAGAGAGCCGGAGACGCGGUGGACCUGCGCUACGGCGAGGAGUCGGUGGUCAGCUACUUGCCGCUCAGCCACGUGGCGGCUCAGCUCAACGACUUGUACAUCACCAUGAGGUUCGCGGCCACCACCUACUUUGCCCAACCCGACGCCCUCAAGGGGUCCUUGGUCGCCACGUUGAAGGAGGUGAGGCCCACCUCCUUCCUGGGCGUCCCUCGCGUUUGGGAGAAGAUGCAGGAGAAAAUGCAAGCGGCGGGAGCCAAGGCGAGCCCCUUCAAGAAGAGUGUGGCUGACUGGUCAAAGGCCAUCGGGCUCAUGUACAACUACAGCGCCAUGCACAAGGAGAAGCGCGUGCCGUGGGGCUUCACGCUGGCCAACCAGCUGGUGUUCAAGAAGGUGCGAGCGGCGCUGGGCCUGGACCGCUGCCGCAUCUUGUUCACGGGCUCGGCGCCCAUCUCCAAGGAGACCCUGGAGUACUUCAUGAGCCUCAACAUGCCCCUCAUGGAGCUUUACGGCAUGAGCGAAAGCUCCGGCCCGCACACCGUCUCCACGAACGAUGACUUCCACAUCAGCAGCUGCGGGAAGGUGAUGGCAGGCUGCAAGGUGAAGCUGGACAAACAGGACGAGAAGGGCAACGGGGAGAUCUGCUUCUGGGGCCGCAACGUCUUCAUGGGCUACCUCAACAUGGAAGACAAGACCAAAGAGGCCUUGGACCAGGAUGGCUGGCUCCACUCAGGAGACGUCGGCAGGUUCCAGGGAAACUUCCUCUUCAUCACCGGAAGGAUUAAAGAGCUCCUUAUUACCGCCGGCGGCGAGAACGUGGCCCCGGUGCCCAUCGAGGACGCGGUGAAGGCGGAGGUGCCCAUCCUCAGCAACGCCAUGCUGAUCGGAGACCGCAAGAAGUUCCUCUCCAUGCUGGUCACGCUCAAAUGCGUCGCAGACCAAGACGGCGGACCCACGGACCGGCUGAGCCCCGACGUCGUCGGCUUCUGCCGGGACCGCGGCCUGCGCGCCGCCACCGUGUCGGAGGUCGUCGCCGGCGAGGAGCCCGCCGUGUAUGAGGCCAUCCGGGAGGGCGUCCAGCGGUACAACGCCAAGGCCGUCUCCAACGCGCAGAAGGUGCAGAAGUUCGUCGUCUUGCCGAGAGACUUCUCCGUCGCCGGAGGCGAGCUCGGACCCACCAUGAAACUGCGGAGGCCGAUUGUCGUCCAAAUGUACCAGGAGAAAAUCGACGAGCUGUACGCCGAGCAGACGCAACCGAAAUAAGCCACGGAGAUCCAUUCGACGUACGGUAUCUGCUUUGAACGCGGUUUUACUUUGACGGGAAAGACUCCCGAUCGUGGCCAAAGCUUGCCAUCAUACUGCAGGUCAGUUACGUGAGUCACUGACCGACACUCUGGGGGGGCGGGGGGGCUCUUUCAUUUGGUAUUGCAAUGAACAGAAGCACAUUUACGAGUGUCAUAACAGAACCUCGGCUCAUAAAGGGAGACAAUAUUUUUUACUGCAAGAAUAAAAUUGAAACGGUUGAAUGGAUUUCUGUUGAGGGGGAAUCAAAAUUCCACAGGACCAAAGAUGAAAUCUUGUUAAGAUAUAGUCGCAAUAUUCCAAAAAUCAAUGUGAUGACGUCGAUAUAAGAGCAGAGUGUCUUUUUUUUUGGGGGGGUGUCAAUGUUGUCCCAUGAAAAGAUAGAAUCAAAUAUUUACACAAAUGUACUGACGUUUUCUGAGAUGUACUGUAUGUAUUCGGCGUGCGGUAUUGAAAAACAAAAGAUGCCAUGUGCGAUGUAGAUGUUGAAUAUAGCCAUAGUUGACAUGUACCUGAAGGAAAAAUGACAUUUUUAUCAUCUAAUGAUUUUAUGAUUUGAAUUUUUUUCUCAAUCCACUCAAAUAAUCAAGCUCAGUGUAUCAUGAAUUGUAAUGCCCCCGAGAGCUACGGUUCAACUAUUGGAUUUGGGGUUGGAUCUGAAAGGUCAAAGUCCGCUUUCAGAAGAAAAUGAUGGCACAUCUUUGCCAUAUGCGCUUUGCAUGGGCCCACGCGGCCAUCGUGAUUUUUUUCUCUUGGCUACAUUGUGCAUCCCUUUCCUGUAACGUUUGAAUGCCUUGCCGGUUUCAUCUUCCUUGUGAAGAAUUGACAAUGUCAUUGUCCCUUAACACGCCCCGAAGCGAGGAAGCCUCUCGCGGUGGGGUGGGGUGGGGCGAUUAUUUGCAAACGAGGUCCGAGGUCAUUGAGGCGCCGCGUCUCGGGUUGCGGGCGCGGCGUUCUUCUCCGUUGCUCCGGACUUUUAACAGAUCAGAUUGCAUCGCCGGGCGCGUUGCCGUCUUUCAGGUUUUCUUCAGAUUGCGGACUGGCGCCGUCGCGGCAUCUUGCCCGCUCGACUGUUUUAACAGCGCGCACCAUCAAUGACCCCUCCAUCGGGACGGCACGCCGUCACGCUCAACGGAUGCGCAGAUAUGCGCGUGCUAGAAUCGAAGCGUGUUGGCAGACCUCCGUCCUCACGAGAGGCUUGGAGUAACUCCGGGCGAGAAAAGAGCUUUAGAAAUGGGAGCCCCUUUGCAAAAAUAUCAACCUGUGUACGUACGCUCGAUAUUUACCAUCACGAUAACAAUUAAAAGAUCAAAUGCUGACUGAGUGCAAA